CGCGAGUUGUAUUUUAAACUGCGGUGUGCGGGGGUCGUUGGUGGCUCAGUCUUGGAGUAAUCCAGGAUGGCUACUCUGAUCUUUGUUGACAAGGAUAAUGAAGAGCCAGGCAGCUGUUUGGCAUCUAAGGAUGGGUUGAAGCUGGGCUCUGGUGUCAAAGCCUUAGAUAGGAAAUUGCAGGUUUCAGCGCCUCGAGUUGGCAAAGUGUUCAACGCUCCAGCCUUGCCUAAAGCCAGCAGAAAGGCUUUGGGUACUGUCAACAGAGUUACCGAAAAGCCAGUGAAGGCUGGUAAACCCCUCCAACCCAAACAGCCAACCUUGACUGUGACAAAGAUCACCGAGAAGUCUACUAAGACACAAGGCUGUGUCCCUGCUCCUGAUGAUGCCUACCCAGAAAUAGAAAAGUUCUUCCCCUUCAAUCCUCUAGAUUUUGAGAGUUUUGACGUGCCUGAGGAGCACCAGAUCUCACUUCUCCCCUUGAAUGGAGUGCCUCUCCUGAUCCUGAAUGAAGACAGAGGGCUUGAGCAGCUGCCGCACCUGGACCCCCCUACUCCUCUGAAGACACCCUUUCUACCAUGGGAGUCUGAUCUGCCACAGUCUCCUUCCAGUGCCUUCUCCAGUCUGGAUAUUGAAUUGCCGCCUGUUUGUUACGAUGCAGAUAUUUAAGCCUCUUACUCCUUUAUAGUUUAUAUAUGUAGUAUUAAUAAAGCAUUUGUGCAUAUGUUCAGAACGUGAA